AUGGCUUUGGUGUCUUUUGAAUAUGGACUGAUUUGGACGCGCGGAGUCUUCAAGAAAGGCUACUUGGGCAAUUUAGGACCAGAUGAUAUCUAUGAGCACGUGCCCAAGCUGGAUAGCAAAACGCUAUCCAACUCACUCAUUAGCUACUGGGAAAAGGAGGGGCGACGUAAAAAUCCCAGUCUCUUACGCAUGAUAUUUAGCGCAUUCGGCUGGCAAUUUGUGCCGAUGUGUAUAAUCUACUCCAUAUUGGAGAUAACAUUGCACACCUUUCAGCCGCUAUUCCUGGGCGAGCUUGUUUCCUACUUUUCCGAGGGUCAAACGGACAUCUCAGAUCAGCAUGCCUACCUCGCCGCCACCGGUAUUGUGCUGUGUUCACUCACCGCUUCGUUGUGCUUUCACCCAUUCAUGUUCUUUCUCUUCAAAACCGGCACAGCCAUACGUGUUGCCUGCGCUGGUUUAAUCUAUCGCAAGUGUCUACGCUCUUCUGUGACCUCGGACAAUAGCGGUAUGAGCGGUUUUGCCAUCUCAGUUCUUUCCACCGAUCUAACACAAUUCGAUACUACCUUCUACUUUUUCCACGAUCUUUGGAAGGGCCCCAUUGAAGCGUGUGUUUUUGGUUAUGUCAUGUACAUGCAGAUCGGUUGGCCGGCAAUUGUGGGUAUUGCAGCAAUUGCCGCCUUCAUACCACUACAAGCUUGGGCCGCUAAGGCUGCAGCCAAGUUUCGUCACCGCUUUUCGAAAUUCGGCGACGAUCGCGUGAAGCUGAUGAAUGAGAUCAUAACGGCGAUACAAGUGAUAAAAAUGUAUGCGUGGGAGAAAUCUUUCGCUAUGUUGGUAGCAAACUUGCGUAAGAAGGAAAUACGCGCCAUAAGGGGCACCAUGAAUAUCUACGCGGGCAUGCAGUGUACGAAUAUGAUUUCGAAAUUCGCGCUCUUCCUCAGCUUAGUCGCCUAUGUCUACACAGGCGAUAUAAUAACAGCGAAGAAAGUGUUCAUUGUGUCCUCUUACUAUGACGCGCUCAACGAUUCGCUGCUGCACUUCUGGCCGCUGUCGGUUACAACAUGGGCUGAGACUUUUGUAUGCGCGCGGCGCAUAGUCACAUUCCUCAAGCAGAGUGAAGAUCCGGCAGAUGGUGGUAUCGAAAACUUUGCUGUCGACAUCGACACGACCGAGAAGGGCAACUUUUUAGGGCGUGUACACAAUCCAAGUGCGCCUGAGAAGGGCGUAAUAUUGCGUAAUCUCUCGGCUAGCUGGGAUCGUGCGGAAUUUGAAAAGCGUCGACAUCAUAUAACUGAUGUCAGUUUUCGCAUACGUCCCGGUCAAUUCGUCGGCAUUGUUGGCAAUGUGGGUGCCGGAAAGAGUACGGUACUGUAUGCCAUACUUGGUGAGCUGGAAAUCGCCAAGGGUAGCUUGGAGGUUAAUGGCAGUAUCAGCUAUGCGCCACAGGAAGCUUGGAUUUUCGAGGCGAGCAUACGCGACAACAUCUGCUUUGUAGAGCCGUAUGAUGCACAACGCUACAAGGAUGUUAUACAAGCCUGCGAGCUAGAACGCGACUUACAGCUGCUGCCCUACGGAGACUCUACUAUUGUCGGCGAACGUGGCAUAAGUUUGAGUGGUGGACAGAAGGCGCGUAUAAGUUUGGCACGCGCGGUCUACAGGCAGGCGGAUAUUUAUAUCUUCGACGAUCCGCUCUCCGCUGUGGAUGCGCAAGUCGCUAAAAGACUGUUGCGCAACUGCUUUCUGGACUACUUAAGCACUAAGGUACGCAUAAUGGUCACACAUCGCGUGUACAAUCUCAAGGAAGCCGACUGGGUGGUGUUAAUGGAGUCGGGCAGCAUCGAAGUGCAAGGCACCUAUGAGGUGCUCGAACAGAAGAUCAGCAAGCGUUUGAGUUUGACGCAGGAAGAGGUCGAAAAGCGACCGAAGUUACUCCAUGCUGAGAGCGUUAUGGUGAAGGCGGCGGAGGAGGAGACGGAAAAAGUGGAACUACCAAAUGAUACGGGAUUGGACCGGAAGGAACAGCAAAUGCAGGGUUCUGUGCAUUUUCACACCUAUGCGACGUACUUUCGCGCACUUCGUAUGCCCUGGCUGAUCUUGAUGAUAUUUGCAUUGUUCAUUCUAGCGCGCGGCUGUCAAGCGGUGAUGGACAUCUUCAUUGCGAGAUGGGCCACCUGGGAGGAAUCUCAGCCGCAGUUGCAUGAAACAUCCGAGGUUUUUUCUAAAAAACGCAUGAAUAUUGUUCUAAUCUAUACGGGCCUCAUGCUGGGCACGCUCAUCCUCUACGUAGUGCGUACCUUUGGCUUCUUCUACAUUUGUUUAGCCAUCUCGUUACGGCUGCAUGAUUAUCUCUUCAAUGGCAUUAUACGCGCGCGUAUGCGUUUCUUCAACACAAAUGCUUCAGGAAGAAUACUAAAUCGAUUCUCCAGUGAUAUUGCUAACAUAGAUAUUUCACUGCCGCAAGCCAUGUUGGACUCGUACUCGUUCUAUAUGAACAUAAUUGCAGUGUUGACGAUUGUAGCUUUCGCCAACUAUUGGCUCCUAAUACCAGCAUUCGUCAUGAUCGCACUUCUUUACUUGUGUCGUGGUCUGUACAUUAAUGCGAGUCGUAGCCUUAAACGUAUCGAGAGCAUGACCCGCAGCCCCGUUUACUCACACACGAAUCAAACAUUCCAGGGUCUUACCACGAUACGUGCGUUGAAAGCCAGCAGCCAUUUGGAUAAUGAGUUCCACUUCCAUCAGAAUACUAACACUUCAGCAUUAUUUCUCUAUGUGAGCGUUAAUCGCGCUUUCGCUUUUUGGACUGAUCUCAUUUGUGUGCUUUACAUAAUAGCGGUUACAUUCAGUUUUUUGGUAAUCGACACCGAGUUUUAUAGCGGUGAUGUCGGUCUUGCCAUUACCCAGUCUAUGACGUUGAUAAUCAUGUGCCAAUGGGGUAUGCGACAGACGGCUGAAAUGGAGAAUAAUAUGACUAGUGUCGAGCGUGUGGUCGAAUACGCCGAGUUGCCGUCAGAGCCUGCGUUGGAAACCCGCACUAGCAUGUUGCUACCUCAAACAUGGCCGAGUGCCGGUGAGUUGCGAUUCAAAGACGUCUAUCUACGCUACACGGAACAGGGCGAACCCGUACUAAGAGGGCUCAAUUUUGCCAUCCAAUCUAUGGAGAAGAUUGGUAUUGUAGGUCGUACUGGCGCAGGCAAGUCGUCUAUCAUACAGGCCAUCUUUCGAUUGGCGAUAAAUGAGGGCUCCAUCGUGAUUGAUGACAUUGAUAUUGGCACAUUGGGUUUGCAUGAUUUGCGCAGUCGCAUCGCGAUCAUACCGCAAGAUCCGGUGUUAUUCUCUGGCACAAUGCGCUACAAUCUCGAUCCUUUGGAAGAGAAGGUAGACGAAGAGCUGUGGCGUGCGUUGGAGGAUGUGAAACUCAAGCCGUAUGUGUCUUCUUUGGAAGGUGGGCUGAAUUGUCGCAUGCACGAUGGGGGUUCGAACUUCAGUAUGGGUCAAAGGCAGCUGGUCUGCAUGGCGCGGGCUAUACUGAGGCGCAACAAGGUGCUAAUAAUGGAUGAAGCGACAGCGAAUGUGGAUCCAGAUAUUAAAGAGCUGAAUGAGUAA